AAUAUUAUGAUGCGGAUAUGACGUUAAAAUUUUUUUUUUUUGAAACGAUCGAAAACACUAACAAUAAAAACAUGAAAAUAGAAUCUAAUUUUUUUCCUUCUUUAAAAUGUAAUUUAUGAAACAUAAUUUUUAUCGUGAAUCAGUUAUAAAUAACAGCAACUGCUAUAGCAUUCGCUUGAAAACAUUUCCUUGUAUUAUUAUCGUGCAAUAAAAGCAACAUCAAAAUAUAGAAAUUCACGGAAAACAACACAUUUCUUGAAAUCAAUAAAAGUUCAGAAAAAAUGGCGACGCUUUACGAAAAUUUAGGCGACGCUAAUAACAAACCAGAAGUUGUUCCGAGGCAACUAAAAGUUGGAAUACUCACAGUAAGUGAUCGAUGCUCUGCUGGUACACAAGAAGAUAAAAGUGGCCCUAAUUUAAAGAUUCUUGUUGAGUCACAUUUACAAAGGCUUGGCUCAGUAAAUGUUUUGACUGGAUGUGUACCUGAUGAAUUUCAUAUUAUUAAGAGCUGUCUUACUCACUGGAGUGAUAAUGAAAACUGUGUUCUUAUUCUCACUACUGGUGGAACUGGUUUCUCAUUAAGAGAUGUUACCCCAGAAGCAACUAAAGAUGUAAUUGAUCGUGACGCACCUGGCCUUACAGUCUGCAUGUUAAGUAAAUCAAUAGAAAGUACUCCUACUGCAAUGCUUUCACGUCCAGUGUGUGGAAUUAGAAAGUCAACAAUAAUCUGUAACUUACCUGGAAGUAAAAAAGGUUCACAGGAAUGUUUUGAAUUUAUAUUACCUGCAUUAGGUCAUGCUUUUGAUUUGGUGUUAAAUAACAUUCAUAAAAUUGAAUUGACUCACACAAAUAUGACAAAAGUGACGGCACAAGUGCAUAAGGAAAAUAUAAAAAAGUCUCCUCCUCAUUGCCAUGGGCGAACUGAAAGCACAAAUGAAGUAAUAUGUCUUGUUCAAAAUUGUCAAAAUCAAUAUUUUGAAACACCACCAAUGUCUAUUCGUGGCAGUCUUGACAGUCUGCACAGCAAUGACUCAUCAAUAGAUUCUUCUGAUUAUUAUUCUCAAUCUUCAACAGAAAAUAAUCAUGCGUGUCCUCACAGAAAAACAGCGGUAUAUAUUGACACUCCAAAAGUAGCUGAACGAGAUCGUUUUUCUCCGUACCCUAUGUUACAAGUACAUAAAGCCCUUUCAAUUAUUCUUGGUUCAAUCCAGCCAAUGAAAAAAAGGCAUUUAGUCAAUCUCCAUGCAGGUCUUUUAGGAAAAAUAUUGAUGGAAGAUAUUCGAGCAAAAGAACCUUAUCCACCAUUCCCUGCAUCAGUUAAAGAUGGUUAUGCAGUUAUUGCUGCUGAUGGUAGUGGUGUGCGCAAAGUUAUAGAACCUAUAUAUGCAGGACAUAUGCCCCAGCAGUCGAUUUCAAGUGGGGAAUGUAGCAGAAUCACAACAGGAGCUCCUAUUCCUCCAGGAGCAGAUGCUGUUGUUCAAGUUGAAGAUACAGAAGUUGUUGAAAAGACCAAGAAAGGAGAUGAAAUUCUAGUUAAUAUAAAGAGCAUCCCAGUUCAAAAGCAAGAUAUCAGGCCUAUUGGUUUUGAUAUACGUCAAGGUGAAACUUUGUUGUAUGCUGGAGAAAAACUUGGCCCAUCGGAACUGGGGCUGCUAGCUAUGGCAGGAAUUAAUACAGUUCCUGUAUAUUCGCCACCUUCAAUUGGAGUUUUUUCAAGUGGUGACGAGUUAGUUCCCCCUGGAGAAGAAAAAGGAAAAGGUCAAAUUUAUGAUUCAAACAAGAUAGCUCUUAUUGCUGCUAUUCGUGAGCAGGGAUUCAAUGCAGCUGAUUUGGGAGUACUUCCUGACAAUCCUUCUCGAUUGUGUGAAGUUCUUCUAAACAUAAUCGAUGAUACUGCACAUCAAAUAGUUAUCACAACUGGUGGUGUAUCUAUGGGAGAAAAGGAUCUUAUCAAGAAGUUUUUAGAAAAAUUUGGCGACAUAAAGUUUGGUAGAGUGAAUAUGAAGCCAGGAAAACCGACUACGUUUGCUACAAUCAAACGUGGUUCUAUCACAACGUAUUUUUUUGCUUUACCUGGGAAUCCAGUGUCUGCAAUCGUUACUUUCUAUUUGUUUGUUUUACCUGCUAUCAGAAAAUUAGCCGGUUUUAGUAAACCAAACUUGCAACGUAUACAAGCGCGGUUAAGUUUUGAUAUUAAUUUGGAUAUUCGUCCUGAAUAUCAUCGUGUUCGUUUAAAUUGGGAUACUGAUGAUGGUGUUCCGCUCGCAAUUACAACUGGAAGUCAGUGUAGCAGCCGUUUACUAAGCAUGCGUUCUUGUCAUGCGUUAGUAGAGAUGCCUAGUAACGAAGCUGUACGAAAUCUUACUAAAGGCAGCUUGGUAACUGCUCUUUUGAUUCCUAAGCUAAUAACUUGACAAGUUCAAACGGUUGAUUGAAUUUUCUGGUAUAUGGCGUUUGAGAAACGUCGUAAGAUCUUGGUGAUUUUUAUCGAAAAUCAUCAAUCAGUUUAGUUUAUGGUGAGAUAAUUAGUAUAUACAAGAUAUUAUCUUUUAUCUCUAUAAUUUUUAUAAGUGCGAACAAAGUCAUCGGUUGUUAUGAGAAGAAGUGCUCAGUUGUUCUUAAUUUAUGCUCAUAUAAUCUUGAAAAGAAUAACUGAGCAUAAAUUAAAGGUGUUUCUUUACUUGAGAAGAGUAAUUAAUCGUAAUAUUUAAAAUAAUUCUUUAUUUUUUACAUUUAGUAACACUUUUUUUAAAGUUUUAAAAUAUUUAGAUGUUUUGAUAGUAUUUAAUAUUUUAUCGAUAUAAUGAAUUGUAUUAUUUUUUUUAUAUUUGUUAAACGUUUUUGUACUAUUUUUGUACUACUUACGUAGACUUGAAAAAAGUGUAAAAGUG